UCAACGAGUAAACAACAUAAGCGCGGCGGCAAUACCAGGACACAUACACACCGUAAAGCAUCAGAGCGGGAGACAUGUCAACGCUUAAUGAGACCAACGGCAGUUGCAGCGCCCGAUCCAGCUCCAGCCCAACUUUAGCUGCGACGGCUUCAGCGGCAGCAGCAGCAGCGGUGGCAGCGGCGGCCGCAGCGGCAAAUGUUGCCAAUAGUAAAAGCCCCGCCACAACGACCACAAUGUUAACCACAAAAACGCCAUUUUCGAUUGAGCAUAUAUUAUUUCAAAAUUUAAAUAGUGCCACCACCACCAACAACAACAACAACACCAGCAAUAACAACAAUAACCAUAACAACAACAGCAAUCAAAAGUGCAUCAAAUAUAAUGUGAAAAGUGCCAGAAGCAGUGCCAGCUCUAAUCCAAAUUCAAAUCCAAAUACCAAUAUCAAUAAUUCCAUCGCCAUUUCGAGUGCCAGUGCAUAUGAUAAUAAUGCCAGAUAUACAAGUGCCACAGCAGCGACGGCAUCUAAUCGACCAGUGAUCAGUCCCGGCCAUUCAGCGUCGGCUUAUGCCAGCGAGGAUUAUGUCAAGUCCAUGCACAGCCAACGUGCCCAACAGCAACGCGCUGCAGCCUCACAUUAUGGUCAUCCAAAUGCUGGACCAAAUGCCGAAUCGACAUUACAACAAAUGACGUCAGGUCCUGCAGCACCUCCUCCACCACCGCCGCCUCCUCCACCAGCACCUGCAGGAAGUGGACCAAAUGGAGUGUUGUAUCCCAAUGCGGGGUACAGUGAUCAUGGAUUCCUGCAGAUGACGCUGGGCUAUCUUUCGCCAUCGUCGGGCACGUACAAGUCAGUGGAUCCCUAUUUUCUAUCCCAAGCCAGUCUCUUCGGAGGAGCGCCCUUCUUUGGUGCGCCGGGCUGUGUGCCCGAGCUGGCUCUGGGACUCGGGAUGGGCGUGAAUGCACUGCGACAUUGCCGACGGCGCAAGGCACGCACAGUGUUCAGUGACCCUCAGUUGUCGGGUCUGGAGAAGCGCUUCGAGGCACAACGUUAUCUGUCGACGCCGGAACGCGUGGAGCUUGCAACGGCGCUGGGAUUGAGUGAGACACAGGUCAAGACGUGGUUCCAGAAUCGCCGCAUGAAGCACAAGAAGCAGCUGCGACGACGCGACAAUGCCAAUGAACCCGUUGACUUCUCACGCACAGACCAAGGCGGCAAGCAACAAAGUGAUGCUUCCAAUGGCGCUGCUUCCACAGAUUCCAAACAGGCCAAGCUGCCUUCUGGUGGCCCUCAAACCACUUCCACCGCUCAACAGCAGCAGCUACAAAUGUGCUUCCUGCAACAUGGCUACUCCACGGAUGACUAUUCGGACCUUGAGGCGGACAGCGAGGAUGAUGACAAUUCCAGCGAUGUAGACAUAGUCGGAGACACAAAGCUAUACCAACUGACAUAGGUCACAACGUGUUCGCGAUUUCCCAUAAAUUAGACCGGGUACAGACCUCUAAGAAGUAGA